AAACAACGCAUGCGCAGAGGAGAACAUCGGGGAGUGUCUUGAAGAGGUUCGUUGGACUCGAGAGCAUCAUUAUGAACAAUGACCCGGCUUUAAAGACGAGAACUGAUGCAGUGACACGGACCUAAAGUGGCUUUUUGACGAGCGGCGGAGGAGACGGGCUCACGUCACCGCUUUGAUUGUCUAAUAGAUGGGACGUUCACGAGCACUGACGGAACAAGGAAUCAGGAUUACUUUCCUGUUAACCUUCCUGCAGACCGUUAUGAUGGUGCACAGCGGUUGGGUUUGGGUUUAUUUUAAGUUAUCACUUUGGUGGAAAUAUUAAUAAUACUGAUUUUCUCACCUUAUUGUUGGAUCUAUACUAAUAUCUUUAAAAAAUGCACCCUUAUUACUUUUAUUUCCACUAAGACAUAAAGACUUGAUGUAAAUAUAUGCAUUUAAAACAAACAGUUUCUUCUGCUUCAGCUUUUAAAGUGAGUUUGGUCCAAAUUUUAAUCCCCUGCAUAAAUAAUUUAAUUUAAACUAUGGCUGCCAUAAUCCCCUGGAUGUCAUGAGUUGGCCAUCUGCUGUUGGAUCUUACUUAAACCCACAGGCUUAAGCAGUGACAGAAUCCAGGAAAUCAGAGCGUUUGGACUACCUGGUGAAGGAGACAUGCUGAGGGCCACAGUGAGCUUAACUGAGGACAGGGAUGAGGAGCAGGAGGAUGAAGGUGAAGAAGAGAUGCGGGAUGGAGGGGUGCCUUUCUAUGUGAAUAGAGGAGGUUUCCCAGUGGACGAGGAGACCUGGGAGAGGAUGUGGCGCCAUGUGGCAAGAAUCCAUCCGAACGCUGAAGUGCUGGCAAAGGAGAUCCGGAGUGCCACUGACCUUCCUAAGAUUCCCAUACCAAGUGUGCCUUCAUUCCAACUUACAACCACUAUCCCACAACGCCUGGAAGCCAUACAGAAGUACAUCAGGGAACUGCAGUACAAUCACACCGGGACGCAGUUUUUUGAGAUAAAGAAAAGCCGUCCUCUCACCGCGUUAAUGGACAUUGCAAAGGAGAUGACACGGGAGGCUCUGCCAAUCAAAUGUCUGGAAGCAGUUAUCUUGGGAAUUUACCUCACCAACAACAUGCCCGGUGUGGAGCGCUUCCCGCUCAGCUUUAAGUCUCAGUACUCAGGGAACCACUUCUACCACAUUGUGCUGGGCGUUUACAGCGGGGGCCGCUUUGGGGCGCUGGGCAUGAGUCGAAGAGAGGACCUCAUGUUUAAGCCUAUGGAGUUCCGCACGCUAACGGACUUGGUUCAGGAGUUCGAAGGGGCUUACAGAGGGUACUGGCACACCCUGCGCAAGGUGAAAAUCGGCCAGUACGUGUCCCACGACCCCCACAGUGUGGAGCAGAUAGAAUGGAAGCAUUCCAUAAUUGACGUAGACAAGCUGAGCAAGGAGGAGCUGCGGAAGGAGCUGGAGAGGCACACCCGUGACAUGAGGCUGAAGAUAGGAAAGCAAGCGCCUCCAUCUCCAACCAAAGACAGGAGGAACAGCAUGGGCUCACCCAUCAGAGGACCGGGCAGCCCCAAUCGCAGGGUCAGCCGAGUUGAGAAACGUCCCUCCGGAGAGAAGAAAGUUUUGGAACAAAAGCCGUCCACCGACAUCAACGGAUACCAGAUUCGAGUCUGAGGAACUUUAAAUUGCUUUCAACAAUUGCCACACACUUUGACCUAUUCAGUGUUGAACGGGUGACCAGCAGCUUUUCUUCCUGAACACCUUUGUUUGUACAAGCUUUUUUAUGUAGCCUUUAAAUGUGUACAGUAACUGGUGCUGACACUGAUUUUAGUAUAGGAAAUGUACAGAACAGUUUUUUAUUAGGUGUGUGGGAUAAAGGAACACUGAAUGGAAACAUAACCUAAGAAAUAUCUGUGCAUCGGGGCUUUAUGCAGUCUGUAUUUAUGUACUGUGAGUGUGCAAAACCAUAGCGUGUCGUACAAAUCCACCUCCUAUGUCUAUCACACAUGUAUGGACCUGGUUUAUAAACCACUGCCUGUGCCUUGUUUUAAAGUUUAAAUCAAAAAGUUCCUUUAUUUUUCAGUCUUGUUGUCUAAUCAAACACAAAACGGAGAAAUGUCUUCUCUUUUAAAUCCCUAUCAAAUAAACUCAAACAGACUGCCGGCUUUUGAGGCUGGCGUA